AUGGGUUGUGCAGCAACAAAAAGUCCUGCUUCUUGUUAAUAAAUUCCUAAUUUAGAAAACUCUACUAACCCUAAAUUUAAUUAAGACCCUGAAAUUAAACAAGACCCUUAAAUUAAUUAAAUCCCUUAAGAAAACAAUUAGAUCAAUCCUAUAAAAAAUAAAAUUCUAUCGAAAAAUGUUUAACUUGAUGAAAUUUGUAAGACAAUAAAUCAAUUAAAUAUCUCUCAAUUUAAUAAUACAACAUACAAAGGUCAAAGAUAACAAGAUCAAAUGCAUGGAUAAGGUGAAUUUACAUAAUAUUCAGAUGGCUAAAAUUAAGUCCUAGACUAUUAUUUAGGAGAAUGGAAGGAUAAUAAAAGAGAUGGUUUUGGAAUGAUGAUUUAUUUUAGAGGAGAAUAAUAUGAUUAUUAUGUUGGCUAAUUUUAAUAAGACAAGAGACAUGGAAAAGGAUACAUUGAAUAUUCAAAUGGAGAUACUUAUGAUGGAUAUUUUUAAAAUGAUUUAUUUGAAGGUUAAGGUAAAUACACACAUAAAGAUUAAAUUUCUUUUUAUGAUGGUAACUGGAAUUAAAAUUAACGUAAUGGUGAAGGUAAAGAAUAAGGAAUUGAUGAAAAUAGAAAAUGGAAAUUUGAAGGAUAAUUUUUAAAUAAUAUGAGAUAAGGAAAAGGAAAGCUUAUAAUUGAAGAAUUUUGUGAAAUUAAUGGAGACUUUGAAAAGAAUUUUCCAAAAAAUGCAUAGAUAACUUAUUUUGAAUAGAAAUUUACAGAGCAUCAAUCAUAUAUUGGAGAUUUAGGAGUUAAUAAUGAGAUGGAAAUGAUUUAUGAAGGAACAGGAAAGUUAACAUUAAGAAAUAAUUAGGUUAUAGAAGGUAUUUAAUAUAUUGAAUGUUUAGGAUAAUUCAAAGAGCAUAAAUAUUAAGAUCUAAAUUAAGCUAUUUAAGCAAAUUGA